AUGGAGGACUGGAGAUCAAAGUCAUACAAUGAUUCAAGAAUGCAAGACCCGAAUCCGAACCCGGGUGGGCUUCAAGAUCUCCGAUGCUACAGCGCUUCCUAUGCAUCUUCAAACAGCAAUACGCAGACGAAGAGGAAUUUGAAGAAGGGGAAGUCAGUGAACGGGUGGGUGUUGGGUGACCCAGAAUUGCAGAGGAAGAAGAGGGUUGCUAGCUAUAAGGCGUACGCUGUAGAGGGGAAACUCAAAGGCUCAAUUAAGAAGGGGUUUAGGUGGAUUAAAGACAGGUAUACUCAAUGGAUUGUUGAUAUGGAUGGACUUACUGUGUUGCAUUGCAUUGCAUUGCAUAUGAAGCUUCUUAACAUUCCUUAA